ACUUGUAUUAUUGUACCAAAACAUCACAAAAUAUCAAAAAAUGGUAAAAAAUAAAGAAUUUGAAUCUUUCAACCAAGUACAACCUUAAAUAUUUGAAUAAACAAAUUAUGUACCUAUUUAAAUUAUUGUCUUCGCUAUGCUUCGAUGCGUCGAUCAACGCGUUGACGCUUGGCAAAUAAUAUAACUCCUAAACGUAUGUAUUGUAAAGAUAUCACCUAAUUGGGUUAUUAGCCUCACAAGAGUAAAGUGUAAUAUUACUUUCCUAUUUGAAGUCAAUUUUCAUUUUAAGCAAACAAUGGCAGAUGUACUACAGAACUUCUAUGAUUUUGUUGAUCAAAAUCAGGACUCUUACGUUAAGGCAUUAAAAAAAUGGGUAGAAGUUGAAAGUGUUUCUGCAUGGCCCCAUAGAAGAAAAGAAACUAUUGAUAUGGUUAUAAUGGUUGGAAAGGAACUGGAAAGUCUGGGAGCUAACAUUGAAAUGUGUGAUAAUCCCUUAGUUGAGCAGAAGACAGCUGAUGGUAAAAGUAUUCCUUUGCCCCCAAUCCUUCUUGGAAGUCUUGGCUCUGAUCCUUCAAAGAAAACUGUUUGUAUAUAUGGGCAUUUGGAUGUUCAGCCUGCUUUAAAAGCAGAUGGUUGGGACACAGAGCCUUUUGAAAUGACUGAAAUAGAUGGUAAGUUAUAUGGAAGAGGUUCAACUGAUGAUAAGGGACCAGUGUUGGGUUGGUUGAAAGUUAUUGAAGCAUUUCAUACUUUGAAUAUUAAGUUACCUGUUAAUUUAAAGUUUUGUCUGGAAGGAAUGGAAGAAAGCGGAAGUGAAGGAUUAGAUGAAUUAAUUGAAUUAAAAAAAGAUACUUUUUUUAAGGAUGUUGAUUAUGUUUGUAUCUCCGAUAACUAUUGGCUUGGAAAAAAAACUCCUUGUAUAACAUAUGGCUUAAGAGGUAUCACAUAUUUCUUUUUGGAAGUAACAUGUGCAAAGCAGGAUCUUCAUUCUGGUGUGUUUGGUGGCACUGUACAUGAGGCAAUGAUUGAUUUAUGUCACCUACUCAGUAAACUUGUUGAUAAUAAAGGAAAAAUUUUAAUACCUGGUGUAAAUGAAUUAGUUAAGCCUAUUACAGAGGAGGAGCAUAAACUAUAUGAUGAUAUUGAUUUUGAUCCAGUAGAUUAUGCAAAUGAUAUUGGGACAGAUAGAUUAAUUCACCAUGGAGAAAAUGUCAAACACCUGACAUUACAACAUAGAUGGCGCUAUCCAUCUCUCUCUAUCCAUGGUGUUCAAGGAUCAUUUGAUGGUGCAGGUUGUAAAACUGUAAUUCCAAAAAAGGUAAUAGGCAAGUUUUCUAUUCGCUUGGUUCCAGACCAAACACCUGAAAAGAUUGCAGAUCUAGUAAAAGCAUACUGUGAAAAAAUUCAUAAAGAAAGUCAAAGUCCAAAUAAACUUACAGUGACAAUGGCUCAUGGAGGCAUGCCUUGGUUAAGUGAUUACAAGCAUCCUCACUACAGUGCAGGGAUUAAUUCAAUGAAAAGAGUUUUCAAUAUUACUCCUGAUUUGACUCGUGAAGGUGGAAGUAUACCUGUUACAUUGUCCAUGCAGAAAGCUACAGGAAAGAGUGUUAUCUUACUUCCUAUUGGUUCUUGUGAUGAUGGUGCCCAUUCACAAAAUGAAAAAAUUGAUAGAUCCAACUUAAUUAAUGGGAUCAAAGUAAUGGGUGCUUACUUAGACGAAAUUUCAAAAAUAGAAGAUUAAAAAUAUAUAUUUACA